AUGAUCUCUCGACACACAAGCUGCCUGAGCAGCAAAGCGCUGAGCUCACAAUGCCUCAGCCGCCGCGUCCCUUGGGCUGCUUUCUCCACGACAUCUGCACGCAAUGGCUACGAUGACACCAUUCAGAAUCUCAAGAUCGGCUCCCAUACCCGCGUCAUGUUCCAGGGUUUCACAGGCAAGCUCGCUACAGCCAAUGCAAAAGAGUCCAUGGAGUGGGGCACCAACGUCGUUGGUGGUGUGAAGCCUGGAGGCUCGGGUGAGCACCUCGGACUUCCAGUGCUCCCUUCUGUGCGGAAGGCUAUGGAGGAGCUGAAGCCAGAUGCGACGGGCAUCUAUGUCGCAGCACACCAGGCUCCGGCUGCUAUCGAGGAAGCCAUCGAGGCUGAAGUGCCGCUCAUUGUUGCUGUCGCUGAACACAUCCCGGUCCACGAUGUCAUGAGGAUACACUCCAUGCUGAAGUCGCAAUCCAAAUCGCGAUUGGUCGGUGCAAACGCACCAGGCAUAAUAUCAGCAAUCGGUCGGUGCAGAAUAGGAUUCCAGCCUCUGCCUACCUUUUCGCCAGGGCACAUCGGUGUCAUAGCGAAGUCAGGUACACUCUCAUACGAGACUGUAGGCUCCCUUACAAGAGCUGGCCUGGGUCAGAGUCUGUGCAUUGGCAUGGGUGGCGACGUCAUUGCAGGGACGAACUUUGUGGAUGUAUUGAAAGUCUUCGAGACGGACGAUGAUACCCAAGCAAUCAUUCUUGUUGGUGAGCUUGGUGGCACCAACGAAGAAGAGGCUGCGGACUGGAUCAAGGAUUACAACAAGCGUGUUUUCAACCCCAAGCCGAUCGCUGCUUGCAUUGGUGGCUUCCAAGCGAAACCUGGCAAAGUCACUGGUCACGCUGGAGCGUGGACUGGUCUUGGAGAGGGCACAUCGGAAGUCAAGUACAGGGCUCUCGAGGCCGCUGGUGUCACCAUGGUCGACCACCCAGCCAAGUUUGGAGGUGUGAUGAAAGACAUUCUUUCAAAAUCCGGUCGCAGCGUGAGGAAGAUUGAGCAAUCAGCAGCCCAAGCACGUCGAGGGUACCACACAUCGGCACGGCGACCAGUUCUUGACUCAGCACAAUCACCUGCUUUGCAACAGAAACGCCCACUGCACCUUUCGGCCGAUCAAAACGUCAAAAUCCUCAAGAAGUACAACAUCGACGUAGUGUCGAACCCAGAUGAUCAACAAUCGAGUCACUACAUUGGCAUAUCACCACACCGCGUCAACCGCUCCCCAUCCAUCAUCGCCGCUCCCACAGCAAAUCCAGAUCAACUACACCAGCGAGUGCGGAGAUUUCCGUUCGACUAUCGAAAAGGGCCAUCUCCCCAAGCCAUCAACGAAGCAAUGGCAUGGCUUCAACUCGACGCCGCACCACCCAAAGCCAAAGCGCAGACGGCCGAGCUCAUCUCGAACCUAUGGAAGCUGUACACCGAGAAAGAAGCCAUUGACGCUCACGUCGCCCUCUCCCUCAAUCCAACCAAAGACGAGAUCCAAGUCUACAGCCCGUACCUAUUCUUCGACGACGCCGCCUACCGCUCCAACAAACGACAAGCCGACCUCCACGAGCAGCGCGACAAGCUCUCCCAAACCGAGCUAGAAGCCGAAGAAAACGGCAUUGUCUACAUCCCGCUUGACACGCCGCAGCCAGACAGCCGCCUACAAGCGAGCACCCAAACACCCCCCCAAUCCUCGAGCCUAACCCCAGGCGAACCGCGCAAUCUAGUCGGCACCCUCGUCAACGGCGCAGGACUCGCCAUGAACACAAACGACGUGCUGCACCUGCGCCUCUCCUUGCCCCCCUACUCAACCGCGAAUGCAAACUUCCUCGACACAGGCGGCAAAGCGACGUCGCAGACGAUCAAGACGUCGUUCAAGCUGAUCCUGUCCGAUCCGCGCGUUUCCGUCGUCUUCGUCAACAUCUUCGGCGGGCUGACGCUGGCGGAUAUGAUUGCCGAGGGCAUCAUCCUUGCGUUCAAGGAGGUGGGCGUCGAUAAGCCGGUUGUGGUGAGGUUGAGGGGCACGAAUGAGGACAAGGGGCGCAAGGUGCUCGAGGCUGCUCAUCUGCCCAUCCAUGCGUUUGACGAUUUCGAGGAGGCGGUCAAGAAGGUUGGGGAGCUGGCUAAUGGAGGGACGUGA